ACUCACUUAUCUAGUCUUAUUCCAUCUCUGUUUUCCAUGAGUUAUGCACUUACAAAUGGUUUGAGUACACGAAUAAAAUGAUCUUCAUGUUUUCAGUUCCUCCUUGUCUAACUUCAGUUCUCUAUGGAAUAUCGUAAUAAAAUCUGGUAGAUACAUGUCAUUGUUGCCUAGUAAUGCUGUAUGUGAAAUUUGAAUUUACAGCUCAUUACAGGACAAAUAGCCAGAUCUAAUACAGAUCACUACUUUUUCACACUAUGCAUUUACUUGUAAGAUAAACCAUGAUAAGUUUCACAUCGUUGCCACUUUGUUUUGCAAUUUAUUUGUAUCACGUCUUUGUGUUAGUAAACUGAACUGUACUUUUACUAAUAUUCAUCAUUUGAAGCAUUUGAGAUAUCCAUACCCCUUGAGGCAUUGCAGAUGUUGAUAUUCAUUAGAUUUUAUUGUUGGGGAUGAACAUUGGAGCAAAGUUGAGGGGUUGUCAAUAUGACACUGUUCAAUACAAUUGUGUGAAAUUCUUCCGUAGAUUAUCACAAGUACUGAAAAAGCAUAAGGUUGGUGGUUCUUUCAAUUCAAGGCAUCUUGUUAUGGCAAGGUGCUUGACAUCCUUGAAGUUUCAUAGGAAGGAAAAUGGAGGAAUUGGAUGCAAUGAUUCAAAGUUUGAUGUUCAUAACUAAUUUGUUGCAGUGAAUAAUGUGCUGGAAGCCCUGGGAUAAUGCAGUGGAGUCCUAUAAAAGAGCCUGUAAGAUUUUCAUCUUUGAGACAGAUCCGAUUCGGAUAUGGGAUUUUUCUGGCCAGACUGCCUCUUUUUUCUCAAAUCAGUCAAAUGACAAAGACCUACUAAAGGACUCUCCAAGGCAGUUGGAGCAAGAUAUGCUCCUUGAGUUGCAAGUCUAUGGCUUAUCUGAUUCUGUCAGAAACAGAGCAAAGAAAAAUGAAAUUGGUGUGCAAUAUUCUAAUGGAACUUCGUAUCUGAUGAAUGGUAGUGCUAGUCUCAUACGAAGUCCAUGUGAAACUGGCACAUUGGGCUUGACUGGAUUGCAAAACCUAGGGAACACCUGUUUCAUGAACAGUGCUGUCCAAUGUCUUGCACACACACCAAAGCUUGUUGAUUACUUUCUUGGAGAUUACAAAACGGAAAUAAAUUACGACAACCCCUUGGGUAUGAAUGGUGAGAUUGCAUCAGCAUUUGGAGAUCUUUUGAAGCAAUUAUGGGCUCCUGGAGCAACUCCUGUGGCACCAAGAACAUUCAAAUUAAAGCUCUCUCAUUUUGCUCCUCAAUUCAGUGGUUUUAGUCAACAUGAUUCUCAGGAGCUGCUUGCUUUCCUGUUGGAUGGACUCCAUGAAGAUUUGAACCGUGUGAAGUGCAAACCAUAUGUUGAAGCUAAGGAUGGAGAUGGUCGUCCAGAUGAAGAAGUAGCAGAUGAAUAUUGGAAGAAUCAUAGGGCUCGUAAUGAUUCCAUUAUAGUUGACGUAUGCCAGGGUCAAUAUCGCUCGAAAUUAGUCUGUCCUGUUUGCAGGAAGGUCUCCAUCACUUUUGAUCCCUUCAUGUAUCUAUCACUACCCCUACCAUCAACAUCGAUGCGGUCCAUGACUAUAUCAGUUAUGAAAAGUUAUGGUGAUAUCCAGCUUUCUGUUGUUACAGUUAAUGUCCCCAAGGAUGGGAAGUAUAGUGAUCUUAUAAGCAGUUUGAGCACUGCAUGCUCCUUGGGGGCUGAUGAGACCUUUUUGGUGGCUGAGGUUUACAAUAGUCGUGUCAUACGGUAUCUUGGGGGAUCAGCUGAUUCAUUAUCCUUAAUCAGAGAUGGUGAUCGACUUGUUGCUUAUCGUUUGCUGAAGAGCAGUGGAGAAGACCACUUGGUUGUGUUUACUCAUCAGCAGACUGAGCAUUAUAUUUCUGGGAAGCUCACACCAGGUUGGAAGAUGUUUGGUAUUCCAUUUGUUGCAAGUUGUAGAGUUGAAAAUGGAUGCGAUCUCCGCAACUUGUAUUUAAGAUUACUUCUUCCGUUCAUAGUUCACAAUGAAGAUUUUGUUGGGAAAAGUGAUAAAGUUGAAAAUAGUGCUACUGAAGUACUUACUGAAAUGGAAGCCACCAGUCCUGGACUGGUUGGUCUCUCAGAAAAUACUGAUGCUGAAAAUAUUGAUGCAAACUUGGACCGUGAUUUUGAGUUUCUUUUAACUGAUGAAAAAGGAAUGCCCUCCAGCUCUGCGCUUGUAAUGAAUGAGCCGCUAAAGUUCUCAGACAUGCCUGAACGGCUUAAUGUGCUUGUGUGCUGGCCAGAUAAAAUGCUUGAACAAUACAAUAGUAGUGCUUUUAGCUCAUUACCAGAAGUUUUCAAGUCUGGCUUUUUCACAAAAAGGCCACAAGAGACUGUCUCUUUUUAUAAAUGUCUUGAGGCAUUUUUGAAGGAGGAGCCUCUAGGACCAGAAGACAUGUGGUACUGUCCUGGUUGCAAAGAGCAUCGCCAAGCUACUAAGAAGUUGGAUCUGUGGAGGUUGCCGGAGAUUAUGGUCAUUCAUAUGAAGAGAUUCUCAUAUAACCGUUUUCUGAAGAACAAGUUAGAGACAUUUGUUGAUUUCCCCAUCCAUGAUCUUGAAUUGUCUUCAUAUAUUGCCCACAAAGAUGGACAAUCUUCUUGCCGCUAUACGCUAUAUGCAAUUAGUAAUCAUUAUGGAAGCAUGGGAGGAGGGCACUACACUGCAUUUGUUCGUCAAGGUGGUGAACAAUGGUAUGACUUUGACGACAGCCAUGUUUCACCCGUCAGCGUGGAGAAGAUAAAAACUUCAGCUGCCUAUGUUCUGUUCUAUAGAAGAGUUGAAGAAAACGAUAUAGAAGAGAUGAACAAGACCAUCGUUAGGUGCUAGGGUACUGAACAAGGCUUCACAUUUAUCCGCAAGUCUUGUAAAGAAUCACAUCUGUUGUGUUGUUCUUUGGUGGCAGGCAUAUAGUUGGCAAUUUUGGGGUCAUCGCGGAAAUGUUAGUGUGGCGAUAAGGAUAACCGUAUAAUACUUGAGAGUAGGGAACGACGGAUGGUGAGGCGAAAGGGUUGAUACAACGCGGGAAAAGUCUUACAUCUAUAACAAAUUCUUUGUGAUACAAGACCCAAGUUUUUUGCUUGAUUACCUAACAGGAAAGAAGAAGAAGCUAAGGGUAGCUUGAAAUAGAUUGCAUAGUGCACAUGUAAAAUAUUCUCUAAAAUUCUUUAUAGCAAUUGUACUAAUUACAACAUUAUUUCUGGAAUGUUGUGCUUGUGCAUUCCUCUCCUCAUUAUGACUGUUUUAAAUGUUUCUUGCAAAUCUUUGGUGAAA